CCUCCCAUUCAAAUUGCUACAUUUCACCGUCAUGCAGAUCUUCUCACUCGAUCAUUCAGCACUAACAGCCAAAACCAUUUACCCUUAGCCGACUUCGCUUACAUUUCUUUCCUUUCUUGUCAUAUCUCUUCCAUUCAUCUUUUUUAUUUUGUCCGUCAGACUUUCCGAAGUCUGUCAUUUCAUCUGUCUGUAGUUAAAGUAGUCUUUAUGGUGUGGUAUCAGCUCGUAGGGUGUUUUAGAGUGACAAGGUAUCACCCAAUUCCUGCUACAAUUAUUCACUCGAAAGGAAAUAACAACAGAAAGGAAAUAGGAGAAAUAAACAGAAGUCAUUAGGAGAAAAAAAAAAUAAAGCAAAAUCAAAAAGUGAAGGGUUGAAUAAUAAAUGAAAGGAAGAAGGUUAAUCAAGAAGAAAGCUAGGCUCGAGCGGAACGGACGGAAGCCAAGCAGAAGAUAAAGCAGCUUGCAAAGGGCUACCGGUGUCGUCGUUGUUUAUCGUUCAUUCAUUCUUGUGUUAGUGAAUGAAUCUUGUUGAAGAUGACCAGUCGCUCGGCAGUGUGUCUCGGAGUGACCUUUAGCUGUCUUGUAUUCCUUAGUAGUAUGAUGGGGACACUCUUCUUGCUGACGCCCGUCCUACCAGUUACCCUUUUUGAGCCCUUCUGGGGACGAUGGUUAUUAGAUACGAUCGUCCUUUCCUGGAAACUCUACGUCGUGGCCUUAUAUGAAAUUGUUUUAGGUGUGAAAAUAUCUGUUGCUGGAUUCCCAGGAAAACGUGAUGAGCAGUCUUUGAUCGUUAUGAAUCACCGCACUCGGCUGGACUGGUUGUUUGCAUAUUCUUUUAUGUUACGUUGUGGAUCUCUUAGACAUUUGAAAAUAGUUUUAAAAUCUGGCUUAAAAAAAAUUCCUGGCGCCGGCUGGGCCAUGCAAUGUUUGGUGCUAAUAUUCCUGGAUAGAAAAUGGACCAGUGAUGAAAUCUUACUUGAUAAAUACCUUAAUUAUUUUAAGGUUUUAAACUACCCAACACAGGUUCUUUUAUUUCCCGAAGGAACAGAUUUGACAGAACAGACUGUGAAGAAGAGUAAUGACUAUGCUGAAAAACACCAUUUAGAAAAAUAUCAAUAUGUUUUACAUCCGAAAACCACUGGAUUUGUCUAUAUUGCUGAACACCUCCGUAAGGAUAAUCAAAUGGAAGCUAUUUGGGACCUUUCAAUUGCUUAUCCUAUUAAUAUUCCUCAAGAUGAAAUUGAUAUCGUCAUGGGAAAUUUUCCAAAAGAAGUUCACUUUUAUGUCCGUACAUUUCCAAAUGAAAAACUUCCUCAAACACAUGAUGACCUCAUACUCUGGUGUAAAGAUGCGUGGAGCACAAAAGAAAAUCUGCUGAAACAAUUUUAUACAGAGAAAUUUUUCUCAGCAGAAUUAAAAUCAAAUCCAAGAGGCCCAUAUCGAGCACGAAGUGAGUUUUUGGUUCGCUCUAUUUUAUAUGUGUUUUUGAUAGGUUGGAGUAUUUUGUUAGUUUUUAUGCUCUACUGUUUUUAUUGUUCAUCAUUUGUUCGCUGGUACUGUCUGUUCAUCAGUAUCUUCUAUACUGUGAUAACUACAUCAUAUUUUGGAGUGGACAUUUUGCAAACAAAAAUACUUGAUUGGCACAAAGAAAAGAAAUGCUAAUUAGUUACACUGUCAAUUUGAUUAGAUCAACACUGCUGCCUUUUUUUUUAUCCUUGCAUAUUUUUCUUCAUCUUUUUUUUUUGUAAUAAAUAGAAGAUGAAGAAAUAUCAUGCUUUCGUGACUGCUCUUAUUUACCUUUGUAUAAAAUUUAUCAAUUCAAAUGUUACAAAAGUUUACUUAGGAAGUAUAUUUAUUCAAGAGACUUCAUAUUCUUUCCUUUGAUCCAAUAAUAUAUACAAUAUGUUGUUUUAUAGUAAUAAAAAAAUAAAGUCAUUUAUAAAAUAUAAUUACUUAAUUCAUA